AUAUUUUAUAUAUUUUCCUGAACUUCAAUACCGUGAAAAAGAUGACCUAACUGCUCACAUUGAUUCUCUUCUUCAGUUAAACCCCCAGAAUAAGAUCCACAAUCCCCAAUCCGGGUCUGGUCCGGGUCCAGGCCGGGGGGCCGGGUCUGGAUCUUGGCCCGUCCCUCUGAGACGUCUCUCCUCCCUCUCCGGUUUAUAAAACAUUGGAGCAUCUCGCACUCAGCGGCGGUGCUCGGUUGGAAGAUGGCGGAAAGCGCUCAGAUCCGCUCCAACUGGUCGUAACCGGUGGAGGACAGGACCUAUGUGUGUUGUCGGUUCCCUGAAGCAACAGGUUGUGGUUCAGCCCAGAAACAGAAGCCUGGAGAUGAAGCAGGACUUCAGCGGUUGAGGAGCUGAACAUGAGCCGCCACGCAGGCAUUCAGACGCCGGUGCAGGACCGCGGCUCCUCUCCGCUGCUGCCCUCAGACCAUGUGCUGGGUUCUGGAGCUGUCUGGUUCCCUGGUGUGUUUGACCAGCAUGGCUGCCCUCUCAUCAUAUUCCCAGCGGAUGGUCAGGACAGGCUUUUGGAGCUCAGCAAAGCAGAAGUUGUGGACUUCAUCCAUUACUUCCAUGCCUUGCUCAAUAAGAAGCAGGAGAAGCAGAGUCUAGUGUCUGUGGUUGCUGAUCUGAGGCAGGCGGCACCACCAACCACCAGGUUCAUCACAGAGACUCUGCUCCUCUUGGAGGAACACAAGCGAACUGUCCACAGUGUUUACAUCAUUCAGCCCAAAAGGAAGGAUGUAGCAAAGCUCUUGCUAAAGCUCCUGGUCGGGUCAAAGUCCUGCAAUGCGUCUUUCAGGAAUAUCCUCCUGAAAGAAAUCCCAGAGCUGUGGAACUCCAUCGACCGGAGCCAGCUGCCAGCUUCUCUGGGGGGUUACUUUCUGUACUGCCACCAUAGCUGGGUUAGCUUUAUGAAGGAGAUUGAUGGCUUCGUUCAGGAGUUCCUGUCAGUGGUGCAGCGUUUGCCGUCAUGCAUCUCCACGCUGCAGGCUCUGUCCAGGCUGCCGCUGCCCUCCAGCCUCAGCCAGCUCCAGCACUUCUGCAGCACAAAUGAAGCAACGUUCCUGCAGCUUAGGAGGGAGCUGGGCCUGGACGAGCUGCUGAAGCAUUGUGAGGCUGUGUGUGAGAAGCUGCGCCACCCUGACAGAGAGCCAUGCUACCAGGCCAUGGCUGGCACCCCCUUCUUUACUCAGACAGCCUUUGACAUGCUGCAGAACCACAGCAGAAUCACUGCAGCUGUGGAGAAAGUGGAGCUGCUGUGGCAGCAGGCCUUUGCUAAGGCCCAUCUGCAGCUGCAGGUGUUGCAGCUGAGCAGCAACGCUCUGCAGAUUGUUGUGAAGAUGGAAUCUCUUCAAGAGAAGCUUCAGCCGUACAGAAUGGAGAUGGCUAAGGAUUCUACAACCGCAGCUUUGCUGCUGUCUGAAUUUGAAACAUCCAUUUCCACUCCAGCUAUGGCUCUGAUUCGCUGUGCUGAAGAUGUGAUCCACACGUUGGAGGAGAUCUCUCCGGUGAAGUCGUGGCAUGAGGAGAGCUGGGCUCUGGAGCUGGAGAGGCAGAAGGAGAACCUUCACUCUGCUGUCCAGGUUGUCCUCCAGACCCUCAGGGCUGUGUCCAGCUGCCAUCACUACUACAACAAGGCUGACAGGUGGUACAGGCUGGUCCUCAGUGACCGCUUUCUCCCAGAGCUCCUCUCAGGAGUUCAUGAAGAGCAACAGAGCAACAGUUUGAGGACAAUCCCUGCAUGGAGGCAAAGACUUUCCACGUUCCUGAGGAAGAAUCCUCCUCCAGAAAUGGAGGAACUGCUUCACCUGUCCCGUUUGUCCACUUCCAUCCCAGAUAAUGAGGUGCAACAGGCGAGCAGACGCCUUUCCCAGAGGUGCAUGAUUCUGAGGACGCUCCUGAUGUCCUCUGGACCAGUAUCAGUGGAGCAGCUUCAGCUCGCCCUCCAGUGGCAAUAUGAGAUGCUGCAUGGAAAUCUGAACUCUGAACUUUGUCUAAAUCAUUCGGAUGAAGACAAAGGGUCGUCUGAGCGGGCCCAUGCAGUCUGUGAAAGCGGACUGGAAGCAGGGAGUCAUCCUGCCGCGUUGCUCUCAGCUGCCGUUGUCGGGCCGUCGUCGGCGGAUUGGAGCGCCCAGCUGGAGGCUUCAGGAGGAAAAGAUGAAGUGGAGAAUUUCCAAAAAUUAACUAGGGUCUCUGAUCCAACGAUGGCUGCCCCAGGACAGCCCAGCAAGCAGGAGGAGGGUAACUUCAACGCUUCAGGAAGUGAGGUCGACGGAAAGCUUGGCUCCACCCUCCCAGCAAACUUCUCCAGCGCUAGCAUCCAGAUUAUCCCUAAAGUAGAGGCAGAAUCCCUGAACUUGGAAAUCAUGGUGAAGCGCUCCGCUGCCCCACCCACCAAUCCCUGGCUUAGCUUGCCAGUGGAUGAUUUGGAAAAUUCAUACACAGUCACCAUUACCCCAAAGCCCACUCCCCAGAAGAAGUUGAGCCCUGAGUGCAGUGGAGUGGGGGCGCAGGAGGGAGGGUCUUCACAACGCUUCUCACACACAGAGGCGCUGAGCUGCAUGAAGCUGCAGCACUCUUGUGAAGAUGAUCCUGAACUCAGCCCCAUCAGUAAUGUUCUGUGCAGCACCAUCACUGAUGGGAGAGACACGGAGGUCCCUACCCUUCUCUGGGACUCCUAUGACCUGCAUGAGGAAAAACCAGAAGUAGACAGUAUGAUUGAUCUGUCAUUAACCGACUGGGAGGUAAAGGAGCAAGAGAAUCUGAGAGAGGUGGAGAGAAUAUUAAACCAGGCUGGAGGGAUCCUGGAGGAGGAGGAGAAUGUUUUGGCUCAGGAAGCCGAGCUGGACGCUCUGCUGCGAGAUGGAGACGGGAAGGAUCUGUGGCCACAGUGGGGCAGUAACCAGCAGCUGCACCAGGUCUCCACUGAUCUAGUUGAUGGUGGCCAGCAGCAGCUCAGUCAGACCGACUCUAUGACGGACAGCGACGCCUGUUCAGAUGCUGCUGAUGAUUUCUGCUCAGACAAACGGCUGACCAGCAGGCUGGACCUGCUGGGUGAGAUGAGGCAUGGCCAUGUCCUGGAUCCGCUGCUCAAAAUCCAGGAGCUGAAGCUCAGCCAGCAGCCAUCAGAGGGUGCAGCUUCCACCUCGCCACAUCCACCAGGCCUUCACACAAACAGGGAAGCUUUCUGGUUACAACUGGAGAAAAGAGGAGAGGAGAUUGAGAAGACCUUGGAUGAAGCACCUGGUUAUGAGGACAUGGCUCCAGAGUCUGGGAGGUGUUGUGUAUUGGACGAGUUUGGAGAGGACUCUGAGACUGGAUGCAACACUGCAGACGGUGCUGUUGGAGAGAACCCACCGCUGUCUGAGGGUCUUAACGUUGGUGACACUAGUAGAGUUUCUAGUUUCUGUGAUUUGAAGGAAUCUUCUGUGGAUGUCCAACCUUCGAUUGUCUGUGGGAAAGAGAUGAAUGAAAAGCGAUUGACCUCUGAACUGAUGCCACAUGAUGGAGAGUUUGAUCCAGGAGGAAAACUCCUUCUGCUUCCUGUUUCGGAGACAGAAACUGCUUCACUUCCUUUGAAUGGUCGCCCAGCUGAACAUGAAAAGGCAUCUGGCCCAGCUCCAGCCCAACCCACUUAUCAUCCUCAACUUCAUUUAAAGUCUGAUGCACCCAGAAGGGUGGCUACAGACUGCAGGAAGGAUUUUCUCUAUCCCAAUGUUAAAGAACACAUCAACAACAACAACAACAAUAACCAUGUAGUCCCUGGAAAUGCAGAGGCAGUUUCUGAAGUGACUAAGGCAGAGAAAGUGGAUUCCUCCACGGUGCCUGCUGGGAAAGAUGAGCAGCAAGCAGACUUGCAGCCAGUCCUCCUGAUGGCUCCCAUUCAGCCACUGGAGUUUGACCCAGGAGGAGGAGAAGACCAUCCUGAUGGGGUUCUGAGCUCUGACUCAGACCAUGUGACACAGAGGGUUCAGACCCAGUUUAGGGAGGAUGACAUUAUCCAGAUUACAGAUUUCAAUGUCCCCAUCGUGCUGGAUAUGGGAUCCGGUUUGAUGAAAGCAGGAUUUGCGAAUCAGGACCUGCCAAACGUUACAUUCCCAACAAUAACUGGAGUUCCAAAAUAUGAGGAGAUAAUGAGUGGGGCUGUGGAGAAAGAACUCUACGUUGGUCAUGAUGCUCAACACAUGAGGGGGGUUCUGACUUUGAAUCACCCCAUAAAGAAUGGGAUCAUUUGCAACUGGGAAGAGAUGGAAAAAAUGUGGCAGUACACAUUCCAGCAGCUGUGUGUGGACCCUGAGGAACAUCCUGUUCUGCUGACUGAAGCAGCCAUGAACCCUCUGGAGAACCGGCAACGCAUGGUGGAGAUCAUGUUUGAGAACUUUGGUGUUCCAUUGGCUUAUGUGGCCAUGCAGGCAGUACUUGCACUGUAUGCAGCAGGGAGAACCACUGGUGUGGUGGUUGACUCUGGAGAAGGCGUGAGUCACAGUGUUCCUGUGUUUGAGGGCUACAGUUUACCUCAUGCAGUCCAGCGCUUCCCUUUGGCCGGUCUGGAUGUCACAUUGCAGCUUAAAAAGCUCCUGCAGGAACAGGGCGUCUGCAUGCGCACAACAGCAGAAGAUGAGAUUGUGAGGGAGAUGAAAGAGAAGUGCUGCUGUGUCGCAUUAAAUUAUGAAGCUGAGCUGAACCCAGGGAGUUCGUCCUGCAGAGAAAUGCAGUACACAAUGCCGGAUGGCCAGAUUGUUACCAUGGGCACCGAAAGAUUCAGGGCACCUGAGAUUCUGUUUAAUCCUGAUAUGAUUGGACGGGAUCAUCCUGGGAUACAUGAGAGCAUCUUCAAGUCAAUCCUCAGGUCAGACAUUGACCUGCGGCGCAGCUUCCUGGGCAACAUUAUUCUUUCAGGUGGGAAUACUCUGCUGCCAGGCUUGCCUGAGCGCCUCCAGGCUGAGGUGAAGAGCCUGGUGCCGGCAGACAUGAGGGUGAACGUCUGUGUCACCAGCCCCAAAGACAGACGCUUCCUGGUGUGGAGUGGUGGUGCGGUUCUGGCCAACCUGUCUACCUUCAACUCUGCAUGGAUCAGCCGGGGAGAGUAUGAGGAAUACGGGCCACAGAUUGUCUUCAGAAAGUGUUUCUGAGAUGAACUGAAUAUUGCACUUCAUAAAUGACUUUUAGAUGAAAUAGAAAAUGAACUUACUGUGAGCUGUUAGGAGUCAUUUUAAGUAUAUAUUUUUUUAAUGUAUGUCAUUUUGACUUUGGCCAUCAUUGUGAAUUCUGAGCUAUAAGUCUAUACUUAAUGCCAGCCUCUGUGUGCGUGUGUAGUGUUUUGUUUAGAGCUGCUGUGUGUUUUAAACUUAAUUUACCAUGAUGGCCAUAAGUAAAAUAGUUUUUUUAAAUGUCUUAUAUUUUUCUGUUGUGUCCCAAGAACGUAGUUUACUGUCUGUGGUUGAGGAAGAGGAACUGAAGCUGGCCACUGACUCUGGCAAGGCUCUCAUUAAUGAGGAAAACCUCAAGAUUCCGACUCCUAACAGUUUUAUUAAAACGAUCAAAGCCGAAUUAUUUUGUGUGUAAGAUUGGGGGAAGAUUGCAGAGCUGCCUUUUGCUUUAGCUUGCAGUCUAGAAAUGUACCAGCUGUCCACUGCAAAUGUGUUGAAAUGCUGUAGAAUGUGCACUGAUGCUCAUCCCACAUGUUCCAGAUGAAAACGGUAGAUCCCAGUGAGUGACGUGUUGUAAGCUGGAGAAAUGAAGUGGAGCUGACUCGAUUACAGCUGGUUUGUAAUGAGGGGCAGGUGUCUGAGUGGUUACACUGUACAAAAUGCUGCGGGAUGGUUAGUUAUCCAAACCCAAAAGUGUUUCUCUUCUUUAGUUUAAGCUCUGUCUAGAUAACUAAAUACUUUCAUGUGUUUUUUUUUUUUUGGGG